AUUCCCAGAAUCCCAGGGUCAGGGAGGCUGGGGGCAGGGCCAGGCGUUGGACAAACAGAUCAAAGGUGAGGCCCUCCAGAUCAAACAGAUCAGAGGCUGGGACUCCAGAUCAGGCCUGGCCAGCUGGACGACGAGUGCCAUGAGGCUGCUGCUCUUCCUGGGGCUGCUGUGGGGCGCGGCAGCCACACCCUCGGGCCCGCAGUGGCCCGAGCCCAUGUUCGGGCGCCUGGCAUCUCCCGGCUUCCCAGGCAAGUAUGGCAACAACGAGGAGCAGCGCUGGACCCUGACCGCACCCCCCGGCUACCGCCUGCGCCUCUACUUCACCCACUUCCACCUGGAGCCCUCCUACCUCUGCGAGUACGACUUCGUCAAGCUGAGCUCCGGGACCAAGGUGCUGGCCACCCUGUGCGGGUGGGAGAGCACGGACACAGAGCAGGCGCCCGGCAACACCACCUUCUACUCACGCGGCUCCAGCCUGGACGUCACCUUCCGCUCUGACUACUCCAACGAGAAGCCUUUCACGGGCUUUGAGGCCUUCUACUCAGCAGAGGACAUCGAUGAGUGCCAGGCGCCCCCAGGGGAGGCCCCCACCUGCGACCACCACUGCCACAAUUACCUGGGCGGCUUCUACUGCUCCUGCCGUGCAGGCUAUGUUCUCCACCAGAACAAGCGCACCUGCUCAGCCCAGUGUUCAGGCCAGGUCUUCACCGCCCGGUCUGGGGUGCUCAGCAGCCCUGAAUACCCGAAGCCAUACCCCAAACUCUCCAGCUGCACAUACAGCGUCCGCCUGGAGGAGGGGUUCAGUGUCAUCCUGGACUUCGCGGAGUCCUUCGACGUGGAGAUGCACCCCGAGAGCCACUGCCCCUAUGACUCCCUCAAGAUUCAAACAGAUAAAGAGGAAUAUGGCCCGUUUUGUGGGAAGACGUUGCCCCGCAGGAUUGAAACCAAGAGCAACACCGUGACCAUCACCUUUGUCACCGAUCAGUCGGGGGACCACACAGGCUGGAAGAUCCACUACACCAGCACAGCUCAGCCUUGCCCUGAUCCGACGGCGCCACCUAAUGGCCACAUCUCCCCCGUGCAAGCCAAAUAUAUCCUGAAAGACCGCUUCUUCGUCUUUUGCGAGACAGGCUACGAACUUCUGCAAGGUAAUUUGCCCCUGAAAUCAUUUGCUGCAGUCUGUCAGAAAGAUGGAUCUUGGGACCAACCGAUGCCCGAGUGCAGCAUCGUUGACUGUGGUCCUCCUGAUGAUCUACCCAGUGGCCAAGUAGAGUACAUCACAGGUCCCGAAGUGACCACAUACAAAGCCGUGACUCAAUACCGCUGUAACGAGUUCUACGUAAUGAGAAAAGACGACGGUAAAUAUGUGUGUGAGGCUGAUGGAUUCUGGACGAGCUCCAAAGGAGAAAAAUCACUCCCAGUCUGUGAGCCUGUUUGUGGAAUAUCAACCCAUACCACAGGAGGUCGUAUAUAUGGAGGACAACCUGCAAAGCUGGGUGAUUUUCCUUGGCAAGUCCUACUAUUAGGUGAAACCAUAGCAGCAGGUGCACUUCUGUAUGACAACUGGAUCCUAACAGCUGCUCACAAUGUAUAUGGGCAAAAAGAAGACGCCUCCUCCCUGGACAUCAGAAUGGGUGCCCUGAAGAGACUGUCAACUCAUUAUACACAAGCCUGGGCCGAGGCCAUUUUUAUACAUGAAGGUUACACUCACAAUGCUGGUUAUGAUAACGACAUAGCAUUGAUUAAAUUGAAGAACAGGGUUGUAAUCAAUAGCAACAUCAUGCCUAUCUGUUUGCCAAGAAAAGAAGCUGAAUCCUUCAUGAGGACAAAUGACAUUGGAACUAUAUCUGGAUGGGGAUUAACCCAAAGGGGUUUUCUUGCCAGAAAUCUAAUGUUUGUUGACAUACCAAUUGUUGACCAUCAAAAAUGUACCGCUGCAUAUGAAAAGAAGUCCUAUCCAGGGGGAAAGGUAACUGGUAACAUGCUUUGUGCUGGUUUAGAAGCGGGGGGCAAGGAUAGCUGUAAAGGUGACAGUGGAGGGGCAUUAGUGUUUCUCGAUAAUGAGACACAGAAGUGGUUCGUGGGAGGAAUAGUGUCUUGGGGUUCCAUUCAUUGUGGGGAAGCAGAUCAGUAUGGGGUCUACACGAAAGUCAUUAACUACAUUCCCUGGAUCAAGAACAUAAUUAAUAAUUUUUAAUUUGUAUGUUUUCCAUCAGUAAAUGAUUCCCUAUCUUUAAAAAUACCUUAGCAAAGAUCUUGGCAAAUUGACCUAAGAAACAUUUACAUCACAGCUGCCGUUUCACCCCAAAACCAAACCAAACUACAGGGGAGAUUGCCUUUCAAGCACUUGGUCUCCACUUGCCAGUUUUCCACCACUUACUCUCUGAUUCAAGGGCACAUAAACCAUUGUAGCAAUUUUCGUCUUUGCCAAUCCAAUAGAAACUCACUGAUUAAAUCUGCAUUGACUUACAAAGUUGUUCUUUCUUACUGAUCUGAGAGCAUUAUAUAUUAUAGCAUUAGUGGUUCAGGAAUUACCUUGAAUCACAGGGAUUUCUGAUAGAUAAAUUGGAAAUAUCAAUACUUUAUAGCCUAAAUAUUGACUGAUUUCCAUGUUAAAACCAGUAUCACAAAAUGGUGAGAUAUAAUUUUUCACUUAUCAAACUGACAGACAUGGAACAUGGAACAGCACUAUUUCACAUUGUCAAAGACAACAAAUUUUCUAAAGGACAAUCUGGCAAUAUAUUUCAACAGUCUUAAAAGUAUGCAUAGUCUUUGACCUGGUAAUUCCAAUGCUAUGAUUUUAAUUUAGCUGUAAGGAUGUUCUCAGCACUUGGAGAUAACCUAAAUGAUGUUCAGAUUCAGAAGACAGUUGAAUCAAAUGUGGCAUUCCCAAAAGAUGAAAUACAACAUUAAAAAUAAGUGGUGGUAUUAUAGAUAAA